AUUCUCGUCACAAUUGGCUGGAUUCAAAUAUACCCAAUCACAGGAGCCGGAGGGCGGAGCAGGAACCUAUAAAAAGCAGCAGAAAGGAAAUUACGGUUACAUCACAGAGAGGCUUCUUUUGAGCGUUUUAGGUUUUACUUUUCAUUAUGUCUGGACGCGGCAAACAAGGAGGAAAGGUUCGGGCUAAGGCAAAGACCCGCUCAUCCCGGGCAGGGCUCCAGUUCCCCGUCGGUCGUGUACAUAGGCUUCUCCGCAAAGGGAACUACGCCGAGAGGGUUGGCGCCGGUGCUCCGGUCUACCUGGCCGCUGUGCUGGAGUAUUUAACCGCUGAGAUCCUGGAAUUGGCUGGUAAUGCCGCCCGGGACAACAAGAAGACCCGCAUCAUCCCCCGUCACCUGCAGCUUGCCGUGCGCAAUGACGAGGAGCUGAACAAGCUGCUGGGUGGGGUGACCAUUGCCCAGGGAGGCGUCCUGCCCAACAUCCAGGCCGUGCUGCUGCCCAAGAAGACUGAGAGCAGCAAAGCGGCCAAGAGCAAGUGA